GUCAGUUUUACAGGUGGAUUUUACUGUGCAGCCUUUUUCGAAGUUUCCGUUUUGUAAAGUCGGAGAAACGACUUCCUUCUUGCAAGAUGGCUGUUAGCUUCUUAAAACACAAAGAUGCACUCAUGAAAGCGUGGAAAGAUGUCUCCGACGAUAAAUCCUCAACGGACUGGGCGGUGUUUGGUUAUGAAGGGAAAACUUAUGAGCUCAAAGUUGUGGAAACAGGAGAGGAUGGGCUGGAGGAGAUGGUGGAUGAGCUUAGCGGGAGCAAGAUCAUGUACGCUUACUGCAGAGUAGUUGAUCCAAACACAAACCUACCCAAAUUUGUCCUCGUCAAUUGGCAAGGAGAAGGAGCUCCAACCAAUGUAAAAGGAACAUGUGCCAGACACACAGUGGAUGUUGCCAAGCUACUUAGAGGUGCACAUGUUACUAUCAACGCUCGUACUGAGGACGACGUAGAACCAGAGAGCAUCUUGGAGAAAGUUUCCAAGGCGUCAGGUUCCAACUACAGCUUCCACAAGGAGAAAUCUGUUGAGAUGGUAGAGCCUGGCCCAGUAUCAUCCGUUUACAAGAGGACUAAUGCGGCAGCGGAAAUCAAAGCCAAGAGAAGUGAUAAAUUUUGGUCUGAGACAGAGAGGGCAGAGGAGCAACGUCGAGUUGAAGAGAAGAAGAAGCAAUCUGCCGAGCUUGAGAAGAUUGAUGCAGAGAGAAGAAAGAGGGAGGAGAAAGAGGCGUCACAAAGAGAUGUUAAGAUGGCUGAUAGGAUGAGAUCAGUUGACCAACAGAAGCAACAAGAGAGAAAAACACUGGAGCAACAAAGACAAGAUGAACAGUUAAGAUGGGAGAAUAAGCAGAAGCAACAAGAAGCGGAUCCUUCUUCCAGAACUCGUCCCGGAGGUGUUAGUAGUCGCACCAAGGAGGCUGCGGAGAUGGUGGCACAAAGAGGAGAGAAUCCCCGUGCAACAUUUGAGCAGAGAGGCUCUGAACCUCCACCCCCUGCUAGCCGUCCCAAACCACGAGCAAUGCCCGCCGUACCUGCACCAGGCCCUGAGCCAGAACCUGAGACUCGGUACGAACCAGAACCAGAACCACAGUAUGAGCCUGAGCCAGAACCAGAACCGGAACCGGCUUAUCAGCCAGAACCUGAAGAACAGUAUGAGCCUGAGCAAGAACCACAGUAUGAGCCUGAGCCAGAACCACAGUAUGAGCCUGAGCCAGAGCCAGAACCGGUACCGGGACCGGCUUAUCAGCCAGAACCGGAACAACAAUAUGAGCCAGAACCAGAACCACAGCAAGAAGUUCCACCUACAGACAGCUGGGGUGGUGAGGAAGCAGCCGUUGAUGAAGGAGGCGCUUAUGACGAUGGUCCUCCACCAGCUGGAGAUGAACAGAGAGCAAGGGCUGUCUAUGACUACCAAGCAGCUGAUGACACAGAGAUAACCUUUGACCCCGAUGACAUAAUCACCGACAUCGAACAGCUGGAUCCUGGUUGGUGGAGGGGGACAGCACCAGAUGGUACGAACGGGAUGUUCCCGGCUAACUAUGUAGAACUCAUAUAAAGAAGAAGGGUACCAUACAUCUGCAUGUGCCUUGCUGCUUAAGUGAGAUACACUCAAUCAACCUUUAAGAAAUCAAACUAAAUGUAAAAUCAAGAAAGAUGAAAAAAUGAUAUUGAGAUAUAUGCAAAUGUUUAAUCAUGAGAUACUUACAUAAAUUGGUUAGACCUAAAUUAUGCCAAAGCCUGUAAUUGUAUUAUCCUUGCUCUGAAAGCAUGACAAAAAACGGGGCAGUUCUAAAAUUGUCCAAUUUUGUUAGGAUGGCCAAAAAAGGCUUUGUUGUUUUAUACAAACUCGUAGAAAAUCAUUCCAAAUUUGCCUAAAAAGCGUCAUUUUUGUUCUAAGUAUUAAUCAAGUUAACUCACUAUAGACAAGAGGUAAUUUUAUCUUAAAGAGAGAGGGCAUUAUUAAAUUUUGGGAGGGGCUUUGGUGUGCAGAAAACAAUGGGUUUUACAAUAUUGUUUUUAUAAAAUAACCUUGCAAGAAACUUUGAUAUAGUUUAUUCGGUAAUGAUUUAGUCCAAGAUGUGACAAUAAAAAUUAUGAAUGAUGAACUUCCUAUAGCUAUUUUCUACAAAUGACGCCAACAUUGGUAGUGUAUUACACAUUUGUACUUUCUCUGUCCUGUGGCACACAUAAAUUACAUGAGGCAGAAAUUAAAAUGGCAAAAACAUGUUUACUUUUUUGUGUGGGGUCUCCACAUAUUGACGGUAAUCUCAUACUAACAUAAGAUUCUGUCGUUAGAAUUUACUUUGAAAAGGUAAUCUAUGCCCAGCCUCUCUACGAGGUGCAGCGCGGCAAAUCGAGUCAUUGAGCAAGGCAUUCCGAGAGAUAAUGGCGUGCAAGAUUGUAUGCCACUGUGAACGUGGUUGACGUAUGCCGUCUUUGCAGUCUGAAGUAGCGAACUUUGUGCAGGCUGCAAAUGCGCGUGCGUGUGACCCAUGCCAUGACUUGCCCCCAUUGCCCCGGGUCACAUUGCCUCCGUGCCCUGUGAAAUGUUCCAGUACAAUUCACUCUUCAAGGUGCCCUUUACAAAAGAAAAAUACACCUUGUUUUUUUUAUGAACAUAGGUUUCGCAAAUUACUCACUUUCUAUGUUGAUUAUUUACAAACUUGUCUAUUAGCGGUUUAUUGAAUAAAAUUGUGUAAGUUUACUCUAAUCCUCAGCCUAGAAUAUCUCUUUUAUUUUAUUUUAUUUUAUUUUAUAUUAUUUUAUAUUAUGUUUCCAUAUACUUCUAGGUAUGUAGGUACUCUUCCUCUGCCCUCGUAUGGUAUUUGCUAAGAAGGUACAGCCUACAAAGCUACAUAAUAGACUUUUAAAUUAUUGAUAUACUCUUUGUCAAAAUACCUUUUUUUAUUUUAUAUUCAUUAUAGGUCAUUAUUCCCUAUUCCGUACUUGUUGCUAACAUAGAGAUAGAGACCCACGGUGAGUCAUUUAUGUUCCCACAAAGAAUUAUAAUUAUUUUAUGGUUCACGUUAAAAACAUAGAAACUUGACAUCCACUGGCCAAAUUAUAAGUAUACACAGACAAUAUAAAAACUAUUAAGUUGCAAAGGGUGAAAUAAUCGAGAACCUGUCCCAGUAUUGUGAUUGAGGGCGCUGUUUGACUGACCAGUAGUGUUUUUUCUUCUUCUGCAGCGUUUAAAACUGCCCGGUGAUCUUUGUAAAUUCACAUUUCCUUUUAUACUUGAUUUUCUCCGACAUCUAAUGGGAUUAUUGUCGUGAACCUUUUUGUAGUGGAGUCUGAGAUCUUUUUGUAAAAGCAAAAUAACGUUUUGUUAAGCAAUAAAUAAAUGCGCAUGAUAAGUUUCAUGGAUA